AGGCGGCCCCGCGGGCGACCUCUGCGCCCUGCUCCGGCUGACUGGGUCGCCGCCGCCCCCCGUCCGUGACCCUGCUGGCCCCUGGCGCGGUUCUGGCGACAGAGACGCCCCUGCGGCCACUGAGGAGGAGAGGCGCGAGCUGAGGCGGCAGGCCCGGCACGGCCGACCCUUUCGGCGCGGCCGCUUUCUCCCUGCAUCGCCCCGCUGCGCCGUUUUUCUCCCCCGUUUUCUUUGUCUCUUUGCCCUUCUCGGCUGCGAGCAUUCUCGGCGAACACAGCUACAGCCUCAAAAUGGCUGAUGGCAACGAGGAUCCGCGGGCCGACGACCUGCCGGGGCCAGCCUACGAGGGCUACGAGUCCAUGGAGCUCGCCUGUCCCGCGGAGCGCAGCGGCCACGUCGCCGUUAGCGACGGGCGCUACAUGUUCGUCUGGGGCGGCUACAAGAGUAAUCAAGUCAGAGGAUUAUAUGACUUCUAUCUGCCUAGAGAAGAAUUAUGGAUCUACAACAUGGAAACUGGAAGAUGGAAAAAAACCAACACUGAGGGUGACGUGCCUCCUUCGAUGUCGGGCAGCUGUGCGGUGUGUGUGGACCGGGUGCUCUACUUGUUUGGAGGACACCAUUCAAGAGGCAACACAAAUAAGUUCUACAUGUUGGAUUCGAGGUGUACAGACAGAGUGUUACAGUGGGAACGGAUUGAUUGCGAAGGAAUUCCUCCAUCAUCAAAGGACAAGCUUGGCGUCUGGGUUUACAAAAACAAGUUAAUAUUUUUUGGAGGGUAUGGAUAUUUGCCUGAAGAUAAAGUGUUGGGAACUUUUGAAUUUGAUGAAACAUCUUUUUGGAAUGCAAGUCAUCCAAGAGGAUGGAAUGAUCAUGUUCACAUUUUAGACACUGAAACAUUCACCUGGAGUCAGCCUAUCACUACGGGUAAAGCGCCUUCCCCUCGUGCAGCCCACGCCUGUGCUACAGUUGGGAACAAAGGCUUUGUGUUUGGUGGCAGAUACCGAGAUGCUAGAAUGAAUGAUCUUCAUUAUCUUAAUCUUGAUACAUGGGAAUGGAAUGAAUUAAUUCCACAAGGCAUAUGCCCAGUUGGCCGAUCGUGGCAUUCGCUAACACCAGUUUCUUCAGAUCAUCUUUUUCUCUUUGGUGGAUUUACCACUGAUAAACAGCCACUGAGUGACGCCUGGACUUACUGCAUUAGUAAAAAUGAAUGGAUACAGUUUAAGCAUCCAUAUUCUGAAAAACCAAGGUUAUGGCACACAGCUUGUCCCAGCGAUGAAGGAGAAGUAAUUGUUUUUGGGGGGUGUGCCAACAAUCUGCUUGUUCAUCACCGAGCUGCGCACAGCAAUGAAAUACUUAUAUUCUCAGUUCAGCCAAAAUCUCUUGUACGGUUAAGCUUAGAAGCAGUCAUUUGUUUCAAAGAAAUGUUAGCCAGCUCAUGGAACUGCCUUCCAAAACACUUACUUCACAGUGUGUAUCAGAGGUUUGGUAGUAACAACACUUCUGGAUCCUAAGGCCUCAUGGAUUAUGCCCAUCGUCACCUUGCAUGGACAGCAAUCCUGUAAUGUCACAGAGUGACGCUGUAUAAUUAUAUGCAUUGUUGUAGUUUGCAGCUUUUUGUUUUAAAUGUGCAUGUGAAUGUACGAGAGAACCUAUUUUUGUGUCUGAAGUUGAAAAUAAAUGAAAUGUAUUUAACACCAA